GUGACUCACUCACCCACACCCCUCGGCUCUCGUCAAAGGUCUGACGUCUGUAGACUGUACUCUGUUGUGUGUUCAGUCCUUGUCGUCGGCGCCCUAAACUUGACAACUUUUUGAUUGCACUUUAUCACAUGACACAUUGACCAUAAGAUACUGAUUUGCACACAUGGCUCAAGAAUUGGCACAUGAGAUUAGUUCUCUCCAAGGAAAUAAUUUAAAUGAGAUUAUACAAAAGUUUAGAUUGUUGUUGAUGGCAAAAAGAACGUCAUUUAAGGACAAUUUUAACGAACUUCUUUUAUUGUUGCAAAGUGAUGAUAAUUUACAGAAAUUUUUUAGGGUCAAAUUGAUUGAUGAAUGUAAUAAGCGUGAUGAAGUUUUAAAAUUACUAAAAUGCAAUGAUACAGUUUUGGUUAGCCGAGCAUUAAGAUGUACAUGGUUCUUUCAGGACCUUCAAGACCCAGAAAAAUUCAUAAAUGAAGUCAUACCAUUAUUGUCAUUCUGUACUAGAAGAAAAGUGAUAAAACUCUAUUCUAAACACUUGGCCAGAUCUGACGUUAUAGAAAACAUGUUUACCAUAUUGCACCAGUUGUAUGAUUCCAGCUUAGCAUUAAUCCUGUUGCCGGCCUGCAGUCAAGAGUUUGUCAACCAUACGCUCCUUUCAUUAAAAACUAAAGUCCCUACAUCAGUUUUAAAAAAACUUUUCAACUGUUACCCUGACUCUGUCAAAAAAUACUUUGAGUUUUUACUAGAAAGUAUUGAUAAAGAGAAAAGGGCUUUUUAUUGUUUCAAAAUUGAUAACUAUUAUGUAGUACUAUGUAAAGUUGCUUCUUCUGAUCCAAAAUAUUUUAUGAGGAUGUAUGAAAAGUAUGACAAUUACUUACCACAUUUCUCAUUGGGAAAAAAGACAUCAAAAAAAGUUAUUAGAGCUGACACAGAUAGAUUUAUUACUAAUUUCCACAAAUAUUCAAAAAUUAUUACCUGCAAUUAUGAAAAUUAUUUGUCAGCCAAUCAGAUAGAAAAGUUACAGUUACACUUAUUUCCAAAGUCAAUUACGCACUUUUUUUCUGAUGUGGAUUUUGAAAUGUUUGAAGUUACAAAAAAGUUGAAUAAAGGAGCAAGAGAGAGAAUCCUAUUAACAAAUUUUAGCAAGGCAUUUUCCAGGCCAUUUAUUUAUGAAGAAUUUUCAAGAGCAUUGACAGUAGAUAUAAUCCAGUAUUUCCCAGAGCAAGUGAGGAUGGAGUGGAUUAACAUGACCCUGCGCAAAACUGCAGAUCCAUUAGAUAAAGUUGAUUUGUUGUUAUAUCUUCCCACAUCAGCUUCAAUCCUCAGUCUAAAGACUAUGCUAGAAAAUGAGACUGAACUAAAUGUCAGAAUUAGCAUUUUUAAAGCAAUGUUGUAUUCAUUAGAUUUUAAUAAUGAUUUUGUAACAUUACCUUCAAUCUUGCGGUACUUUGUUUCAAGAUUUAGAAAUGAACAAUUUUUAAUGAGUAAGAAAGUAAUAGAUAGUUUGGGAAGAAAUGAAAAACUGUUGUUAGAAUUACAAAUUGAUGAUUGGGACCUGAUUUAUGAUUUGUUCAAACUUGCUAAAUUAAAUAAUCAACAUAUGAAGUUAAAGCGAAGUAUCACAGAAAUUCAACAUAUACAAAUUAAAAGCUUUUUUAAGAAGGGUUUUCCAAUGGAAACUCAUUUAAAAAAAUAUUUUCAAUCACAAAUAUCAUUGUUCAAAGUUUGUAACUAUGAAACAUGCACAAAUUCUAUAUAUGAGAAGACUUGUCUCCAUUUCUUCCUGAAAGAAGUAUCAAAUUUAAUUCAUGAUGAGAAGAAUGUCGAGAACCAUUUAAACAGCCUUGCAGUGCAGAUUUGCAUGUAUAACCGGAGGAAUAAAAAAGAUCGAAUUGAGAUCCCAGAAUGGUUGGUGGAAAAAGUGAAAUCGUCAUUUACUCGCAAAAAAGAAUUCGAUUGGAAUAUGUAUAACUUAAUGCAAAGCUGUAAAAAGGAUUAUGUCUUCAGGGAGAAACUUUUCCCAAAACUGUUCCCAGAAAGGAUGGAUACUGACAUAUUAUUAUUUAUAUUAAAAAAAUCACCAGGUUUGAUUGUACAAAAUGUUGACAGUGUUUUAAAAAAAAUUUUUGAAAAUGCAUUGAAUGUCGAUUCAAUGAAGUUCUUUAGCCAGCUGAGAAUGUAUUCACCUUUUGAACUCCCUCAGAAAAUUAUUCAUCUCUGCAUCAAUGCCCUUCAGAACAGUAGCGAAGAUGGCGAUGGCAAGGAUUUUCAAUACCACGCCAAACCGAAUGCUAUAAGGAUCUUGUGCCUAAUGAUGCCGAGUAAUUGUUUUCUUAAAAUGAUUGAACCAUAUUAUCCAAAAUCUAUUAAAAUUGAAUAUACAGAUGAAGAUGAUGAGUUUUACAGAAUACAACAAGAAAUUGCCCAGAGUUUGAAGCUUUUGAAUGACACCGCUCUGGCAGUUGUCCCAAUGAAGAAAUUUGCUGGAGGGGACUACCUGAAAUAUAUUGUCGGAUCAAUAAAUAGUAUUGUAUUGAAAAUUCCUGAAGCGGAAAUAAUUCCAAUGUUAAAAGAGUGGUUGGAUUCCCCGGUGUCUGUAAGGAAACAUUUCAUUAGAGCUUUUUUGAAAAUAGCGCCAAAAGCGGCAAAAUGCAGUUUUGUAAAAGAACUGUUUAUAAAGGAAAAAAAUCUCUCCAUGCGUCUUCUGCUAUUUCAGCAUGCCUUUCAAUUCUUCUGCCAGGAACCUUGCCAAGAGACUUUCAACGCUUUCAAAGCGAUUGUUGUGUGUCUUGAACCUACAGACACAUCUGCUAUAGAGAGAAUGUUCAAUGUCCAAAAAGUGGCCGAUGAUUUUGUUUCCACUUACAUACAGAUGCUGUGGGAACUAGUAUCCCAUAAAGAACCUGAAGUUAGAGCUACCGACCAAAACAGGGUUAUUGGAAUGAUAGACAAAGAAAUUCUACAGCUACUCAGUGAAGAAUUCAGAGAAACACUUCUGCAGCAGAUAUUCUCCUUGGCAAAUCUUGAAAAUCUUCAUACACUACAGUUUGUAACAAAUUAUAUUUUAUACAGUACUGACAGUGAUAUUCAAGCGAUGAGGUUGGAUAAAACAAUGGUACUCUUGAAGAACCUAAUCACUGUCCACUGGCAUGAAUACAACUUAAAUAGUUAUUUUGUGUUUCCUGUAAGAAAAUUUGUUUCCCACUUUGUAAAAACAUUGUGUGAGAGCAGUAACAAAAGAGACAAACUGUACAUGGAUCCCUGUUGUGUAUUGAAGGAUUUCAAGACACAGCUCAAAGCUAUUCUGCCAGAAGAAAGUGUCAUCGAAGAGUCAUUGUUCAUAGACUUCACUAUCACUUAUCACGAAUAUUUUGUAACCGGCGGCAAAUUUUCUCCUGAAUUUUUCUUUAAAUUUAUUAAAUCCAGCCUUGAAAAAUAUGCUUGGAUUAGUGAUGCUGUGAAAAUUGAUAUGUUGCGGAAUGUACUUCCAUUCAAUUUAUUGUCCCUAGAAGAUAAACUGUUACUUUCUGAACUUUUAAUCUCACAGACAUCCGAACUCUGCAAUUUAAUAGGAUUAGGCAUUAUACCACACCAAAUAAACGAUGAUUCCACCAUGAAAUACUUUAAAAACAUUAUUAAACUAUUAGUUGAAAACCCGAAUCAAAAUGUAAAAAUUCAGUCUAGCUCUUUCAUGUCAAAACUAGUAUCGACAGUGAAGGUUUAAAGAUCAUUUGUUAUGCUGUGUACCUCAAAAAUUGUGAUAUGCUAGCAUUAUAAUGGUCAAAGAAAUAAAAACAAACAAAAGAAGCUGUAAUAUAAGAAAUUUGAGCACCGGAACUGUUUAGUUACAUUCAUAUUCUUUCUUAUUUCAUUUUAAAGAGCUUGCUUGCCUUUUUGAACUAGUCUUCAUAAAUGUAUGCUUACAUUCUGAAUUAUCUUUUCGUUUUUCUGUAGUAUUUGUCUUGCACAAAUGUACAAAUAUUGAAUAUUUGUAUUUGAUAGUAAAUAGUAGUAAACAUUAUGUCAUAGUUAUCCAUCGCUUGUGUCGUUAGUAAUUAUAGAUUCUUCAAUAAUUCCAUUUUUUUCCGGUUUGCAGUAGUUCCUUUCAAUUAGUAAUAAACUUGGUAAUGGAUUUUAUUUUAUUUUAACUAGUCUUAUUGGUAAAACUAGUCUGUGGUAGAGGAGAUAUCAUUUAUAGUAAAAUAAAUCAAAUAUGACACUUUAUUUAGUGAAGGUAUUUUGGGAAUUUUUUUAAAUUGUGUAAUUUACUUUUUUUCUUCUUGUGUAUCUUCGAUUUUCUCAUUUCAAUGUCGGCACAAUCGAUUAUUCGAGACUUCAAUUAUGUCUGCUGUCUAUAUUCCGGAGUCCCUAGAUAAUAGAUAUCAACAGCUUUUUUUCAAUGGGGGGCGAAACUGAAGAUUGAAGAUUGCGUUCGCGCCCACAUUGGCACAUGAACAUCAAUCCGGAAAUUUUUCGUUGAAAUCGUCCUCGUCAGAGGUCAACCCGUCCUAAACAUUUUUAACAGAUUUGUCUUAAGCAGCCAUGGAGAAGGAGUUGUUAAACGAGAUACUUACCCUUCAAGGAAAUAAUUUGACCGAUAUUUUGCGAAAUUUUGGAUGCUUGUUGGUGAGAAAAAGAGAGAUUUUAAAGAACAACUUAAAUGGUGUACUCUCUCUGUUGAACAGCGAUGAUAAUUUGCACAAGUACAUAAUGAUAAAACUUAUAAAUGAAUUUAAAUGUCACAAUGAAGUUUUAAGUGUACUGAAAAGUGGAGACAGAUUUGCAUUAAAACAAGUAUUGAAAUGUACCUGGUUCUUCGAAGACCUUCAAGAUUCACAAAUUCUCAUGAAUGACAUCCUGCCUUACCUAUCUUUCUGCACAAGGAUGAAAGUGAUUAGUCUUUAUUCAAAGUAUUUAAAAAAAACAGAUUUGAUUGAAAACUUGUUUACUGCAUUGCACCAAAAAUAUGAAUUGAGCUUGGCUUUAAUCCUGUUGCCUGCUUGCAGCCAAAAAUUUGUGACAGAUAGACUUCCCACUUUCAAAACAAAAGUCCCGUCUUCGGUUUUUCAAGAGCUUUUGAACCAUUAUCCUGAUUUGGCAAAGGAAUACUUAGAAUUUAUACUUGAAAGUGUUAAUAAACAAAAAAGGGCAUUUCGUUAUUUAAAUUUUGAUGAUUAUAAUGUCCUGUUUUUAAAUUUGGCAUCUUCAGAUCCUAAAUAUUUCAUGAGGAUAUAUCAACAAUAUAACAGACAUAUGCCAUAUUUCAAUUUGGGUAGAAGGACCUCAAAAAAGAUUAUUAGAACAGAUACAGAGGCAUUUAUUAACAAUUUUGACAAAUACUCCAAGAUAAUUUCUUUGGAAUUUACAAGGGCUUAUUUAAGUAUAGAUCAAAUGGAAAAAUUACAGUUAGCAUUAUUCCCUAAAUCGACUACAAAAUUUUUCUUAAUGGGAGGAGAAAACAAUUUUAUAGAAGUAACCAGAAAGUUAAAAAUGGAAAUUAGAGCAGAAAUACUUUUAAAAAAUUUCAGCAAAGCUUUUUCCAGGCCAUUUGUUUAUGAAGAGUUCGCUCCAGCGUUAUCUCAACAUGUAAUUGCUCACUUUCCUGAGGAAGUGAGGGUGAAAUGGAUUGAAGCGACUUUACCCAAAAAAGAAUCUGCAUAUGACAAAGCUGAUUUGAUAGAAUAUCUUCCCACUUCCCGUUCAAUUCCACUUCUAAAGAAAUUGGCUGAAAAUCAGUCUGAACUGAAUGCACGCAUUUAUUUGUUUAAUAAAAUAUUCAGGACUCUGAAUUUCAAUAAUGAUUUGGAGAAACUGCCUUCUAUAUUAGUUUAUUUUGUUACAAGAUUCAGAAACGAAGAGUUUCCAAUGAGAGAACAAGUGUACUCUAGCUUGGUUGAGUUUAAAAGACUGUUGUUUGCAUUGAAAAUUGAUGACUGGGAAACAGUAAAUGAAUUACUGAAACUUGUCAAAUUAAAUAAGGAACAAACACGUUUACAGCAUCUCAUAACUAAAACUCAACAUAUACAAGUUUUAAGCUACUUUAAGAAGGGUUUUCCAAUGGAAACUCACUUAAAAAAUUACUUUCAAUCACAAAUAUCAUUGUUCAAGGCAUGUAAUUAUGAAAUUUGCACAAAUUCUAUAUAUGAGAAGACUUGUCUGCUUUUCUUCCUGACAGAAGUAUCAAAUUUAACUCAGAUGGAUGAGAAGAGUAUCGACAACCAUUUAAACAGCCUUGCAGUGCAGAUUUGCAAGUAUAACCAGAGGAAUAAAAAAGAUCGAAUUGAGAUACCAGAAUGGUUGGUGGAAAAAGUGAAAUCGUCAUUUACUCGCAAAAAAGAAUUCGAUUGGAAUAUGUAUAACUUAAUGCAAAGCUGUAAAAAGGAUUAUGUCUUCAGGGAGAAACUUUUCCCAAAACUGUUCCCAGAAAGGAUGGAUACUGACAUAUUAUUAUUUAUAUUAAAAAAAUCACCAGGUUUGAUUGUACAAAAUGUUGACAGUGUUUUAAAAAAUUUUUUUGAAAAUGCAUUGAAUGUCGAUUCAAUGAAGUUCUUUAGCCAGCUGAGAAUGUAUUCACCUUUUGAACUCCCUCAGAAAAUUAUUCAUCUCUGCAUCAAUGCCCUUCAGAACAGUAGCGAAGAUGGCGAUGGCAAGGAUUUUCAAUACCACGCCAAACCGAAUGCUAUAAGGAUCUUGUGCCUAAUGAUGCCGAGUAAUUGUUUUCUUAAAAUGAUUGAACCAUAUUAUCCAAAAUCUCUUAAAAUUGAAUAUACAGAUGAAGAUGAUGAGUUUUACAGAAUACAACAAGAAAUUGCCCAGAGUUUGAAGCUUUUGAAUGACACCGCUCUGGCAGUUGUCCCUAUGAAGAAAUUUGCUGGAGGGGACUACCUGAAAUAUAUUGUCGGAUCAAUAAAUAGUAUUGUAUUGAAAAUUCCUGAAGCGGAAAUAAUUCCAAUGUUAAAAGAGUGGUUGGAUUCCCCGGUGUCUGUAAGGAAACAUUUCAUUAGAGCUUUUUUGAAAAUAAACAAAAUGUAUGCGAAAUCCGACUGGGUCUUUACUUUUUGA